GGGACGAUGGCCAUGUACAGGUGGAGGCAGAGAUUAGAGAGGGGCUGUCCCAAGCCAAGGGACACAGAGGAUGCCAGCAACCACGGGACACUGGGAAGGGCAAGGAAGGGUCCCCCCCUAGGGCCUUCAGAGGGAACACGGUCCUGACACCUGGAUUUCUGGCCUCCAGAACUGGGAGGCAGUAAAUCCCUGUUGUAUCUAGCUGUUCCCUUUGCGGUCACUUUUCACAGAAGUCCUGGGAACGAAUGCAGGCCCCAGUCCAGCUUGGGGGCCAUGUGGGGUAGCGGCGGAUCAGGACGUCCUUCUAAGAGAAGCGAUCUUGAGCCGUGUCACAGGUGAGGAGUUAGGAGUUAGCCCAGUGGGGGAAAAGGUGAAGGCAGCACUCACCGUCAUCAAGCCAGCCACCUGUGGGAAGCAGGCUGGGUUUAAGGAUUUCUAACCUGGGCUCCUUGAACUCCCAGGGUCCCCCUACAUGUGUGCUUCGAUUUUGUACCUUUUCUUGGGGAGAAACGUGUCCCUUGCAUUUGAGUUUCGAAGGACCAUGUGGCCUUCACAGUCACACACUGGCAAUGUCAAGAAGGUUUGGCAGGACCGGCUGGGAGAUAAGGCUGGUGGGGUCACCAGCUUGAUUGUGACCUUGCUGACACCAGCAGGGCAGGGAGAUGAACUGAUGCAAUGGAGCAGAGCCUUUCUCUCAGGAGCAAACGGUCUUGGCCUUGGCUUUCAGCUGGAUGUUGGAGGAUUACGGGACAACUACCACAGUACAAGUGAUCAAAUUGCCCUUAAAAAUCUCCAGUCUGAUGUCACAGAGGCGAAAUCUGACUUCAACAAGGAGACCCUGGCAUCACAAAACACAAAAAUGAUUUCAUCCUUAGUCAUCUCCCAGAUGAUUGAUGAAAAUAAGCCGAGAGAAAACAGGGCCUCCUUGCCCCUGCCGUGUACGAUUGGUCAGGCUCGUGCCCAUCACACCAAGCAAUCUCUGGCUAAUUGCAGCGGAGUCAACAUUCACAGGGCAUUUGCGUUACUUCCGGGCAGAUUAGGAAUCCCAGCACCGUCAGAUGAGCGAGGACCUGAGACAGAGCUGCCACCCAAAGAGGAGAGCCCCCGUGGGGGUCCCCGCAGAGGGUUUGCAUCCAUCACCAUCACGGCCAGACGCGUGGGCUCCCCAGCCAGCGCCCUGCUGUGGGGGACUGUUGGGGACUCUCUGUGCCCCAAGUGCAGGGCUGAGGACACACUGUUUCAGGCGCCCCCAGCUCUGGCCAAUGGCGCCCAUCCAGGUCGGCAUCAGAGAUCUUUUGCCUGCACAGAGUUCUCCGGAAACAGCUCCGUGGUGCGCCUGAAGGUUCCCGAGGCCCACACAGGGUUGUGUGAGAGACGCAAGUACUGGGUCACCCAUGUGGAUGACAAAGAGACCAAUUUUUCUCCAGACACCCCACUGUCAGGAAAGAGCCCGCUGGUGUUCAGUUCCUGUGUCCACCUCAGGGUGUCUCAGCAGUGUCCAAAUUCAAUCUAUUAUGUAGACAAGUCUCUCUCCGUCCCCAUUGAGCCACCUCAAAUUGCCAGCCCCAAAAUGCACAGAUCCGUCCUGUCGCUCAACCUCAGUUGUAGUUCCCACAGAUUAACAGCAGAUGGAGUCGACGGCCUAGUGAACAGGGAGCCAAUAAGCGGAGCCCUGAAGCAGGAGCUCGUGGAGAGAGACCAGGACCUCGCAGGACAGCGCUGGAACCCAGGUUUACAAGAAAGUCACUUGAAGGAAACCCCAUCGUUGGGGCGGGUGCAUUUGGGGACCGGCGCAUGUCCUUGGAGUGGUUCUUUUCCAUUGGAAAACACAGAAUUGGCAAAUGUGGGAGCUAACCAGGUCACUGUAAGAAAAGGGGGAAAGGACCGUGCAACUCAUUGUCAGGCCAACCAACUGUCCAUUCACAUUCCGGGCUGGAGUUACAGGGCAGUACACACAAAAGUAUUUUCUGGAAGCAGCAAGAGGCAGCAAGGAGAAGCAUGCAUGACUCUGUCUGCUCCUCCAGUGGAACAGAAGCCCACUAGACAUUUCCCUCCCAUUGGGGAUAGCUCUCCAAGCGAUGACUGUCUGUCUAGAGACCUUUCUGAACCCACAGAGAGACGACAUCAAAGCUUCCUGAAACCCAGAAUCCUUUUUCCUGGGUUUCUUUGCCCCUUACAAGAUGUAUGUGCAUCUCCACAAGAAGACAAUGGUGUUCAGAUAGAAAGCAAGUGCCCCAAAGGAGAUUACACGUGCUGUGACUUGGUUGUAAAAAUAAAGGAAUGUAAGAAGAGUGAGGACCCCACCACGCCUGAGCCCUCCACAGCAGCACCCUCGCCAGCACCCCCUGAGAGAGCAGGGAGCCCUGGCCUGUCCGAAGACUGUUCUGAGCCUCAGCAAACGCCUGCAAGAUCCUUGACUUUGCAAGAAGCACUGGAAGUUCGUAAGCCUCAGUUCAUUUCUCGCUCACAAGAACGGCUGAAAAAGCUCGAACACAUGGUCCAGCAGAGGAAAGCCCAGCGGAAGGAGGACCUGAGGCAGAAGCAGAGCGUCCUUCCCAUCCGCACCAGCAAGAAGCAGUUCACGGUUCCCCAUCCUCUGAGUGAUAACUUGUUCAAACCCAAAGAACGGUGCAUUUCAGAGAAGGAGAUGCAUAUGCGAUCUAAGAGAAUCUAUAAUAACUUGCCGGAAGUUAAAAAGAAAAAAGAAGAACAAAGGAAAAGGGUGAUCUUACAAAGUAACAGACUCCGUGCCGAAGUCUUCAAAAAGCAAUUACUGGACCAGCUCCUUCAAAGGAAUGCGGUCUAACCGCAGGCUGCCCUGUUGACCACGCUACCUGGACCUGGGAGGACUUCAAAUGCUGGAUAAGCCAUUAAACUUAGCAAUAUCUUCAUGAUGGGAAAACACUUAUUUUACCUUUGAUUUUUUUUUCCAUAAAGGAAAACAUCACUUCCUGAAUUACUGACCCAAGCCAAACAGAAACAAUAACUCUUGAGGAAAUAGGUCAACAAUCUGUUGUGGGGAAUCCACCUCCACGUAACCCACUAGAUACAGUCCCCUUCACGUUUUUGCUUCUGAGUUGUACCUUUUGCUUCUGAUUUCUUCUACCCUGCUGUUUCCUGCCCAUCAGAGAGGCCUUGUACAAGCAAGUUUGCUUACAUCCCUAGGGAAUAUUUUACAUCAAACUUUUGGGAUCCAAAUCCAUAUCCUUUUAAAUUUCAAUACCAACACCUGCCAGUUAUGCAAAUGCCAAAAUGUGGGUCAGCAUAUAGUAUAUUUUUAAACUUUCUGAACAUGUACACCACCAAUGCUAGAGCUGACUUGGAAACCAGUGGGUGCAACGCCCGAGGCUGUGGAACAAUCAGCCCAUCUCUUUGUGACCUGAAGCAGUCAGAGUGGCCCUCAGUCACCCGCCCCCAGCACCGUUCCUCACCAGGGAGAAAAGAAUCCAUUGCUAUGGAAGCUCUGGUGUAACUGCAGUGUUUUCUGCAACACUCCUCCUGCCCCAUCCCAUAAAAAAAGUUGUUUUGUUAAGAAAUAGCCUAAUGGUCCAGCUUUGCUGUCUGUUCUUCCAAAUGUUUAUAAUACACAUUAUUUAUAAAUAUGUGUGUUUGGGAAGCUAAGAACAAGCUAGUUUUUACAACACAAAUGGAAAUAAAUGCAAUUAUUAUAAAAA